UUUUGUUGCAAUCUAGUGUCGGGAGGAGAAGUGGCGGUUCUACGCCUGUUGUUAACACCACCGUAGCCUCGAUGGUGAUGGAUUUGUAGGAAAAAUAGCUCGCUGUGCUUCCUACAACGUCCACCGAAGGAUUCCAGAGGCUAAACUUGUAUAUUUCUUUUGACAAAAGGCUUCAACAACCAAGCCUUAAGAAGAAGUCGGAGCUCGACUUCGCGGAGCAUCGUGUGCCGAGGUGAAUUGAUGUUCAGCUCGGUUCCACGGGAAAACAUCGCUCAUUGGCACAUGAAAACCUCAGACCUUGCUGGACAGAAAAGUGCAGUGAGAAGUAGACAGAAAGCUACUUCGAGGACCUGGGGACCGACUGGUGGAGAGAGAUUAAAGAAGGAUCUCUGCUUCGUCAACAUACCACCAACAAAGAGGUGACACCUAGUACAGAAACAUGGGAGGUGGCGAGAGGUACAACAUUCCAAUUUCCCAUCCUGAACGGCAAAAGAAGAGCCACCAACUUGUCAAGGCCAAACAGAGAAGCCGUGACCAGAAUGGAGUCGCUGUCUCAGCAGGAGGAUUAGGGGGCCUUCACAAUCAUGGCCACCGUAGGAGCGACAAAGGCGCAGCCUACCACAGGUCUCCGGAGGCGCGGCAGGCCGUGUCUGCAGAGAAGAAUGCCUCCAUGCGUUUUAGCACCAACUACGAUCAGAACUGGGAGGGUGCGGUGUCUCACCUCAACACACUCCUGGCCGCCCAGGGCAGCCCAAGCUAUGCAGGGCCCAAGUUUAGUGAGCCGCCAUCACCCAGUGUGCUGCCCAAGCCCCCUAGCCACUGGGUGUCUUUUCCGUCAAGCUCCUUUGAUCACAGGGAGAUGAUGGCGUUCCAGCUCAAAAGUCUACUGAAAGUGCAGGCUUGAGCUACGCCCACACCUCAUUUAAAGAGAGCCAAUCUGCAGACCGUGACUUCACUUAGGUGCUCAUCUGCUUGGAACGCUCCAGAGCUGUAAUACACUUGGUUUUAGGCUGAGCUUUAAAGUGAAAUAUUUGCAAAAGAGGUUUGCUGUUAUUUCGAUUUUUAAAGGACAAUUUUUAAAUAUUACAGCUCUGAAGCCUUACUUGUUGAUACAGUCCUUAAUGAAGUCUAUUUCUGUAAUCUGUUAACUGGAUUAUAUGUGCUUUAGUUUUGUUGUUAGUGUUUGCUGUAAAAGCCACCCGAGUGUACUUUUUUUCCACAAAAGAAAACAGGGCUUGUAACAUCCGUUACGUAACAAUACAUUACUUUUAUGGUCCAUUUCUUUGGACAGACACCUUACAUUCAUACAGGUUUUAAUGACGAGCAUUUGGAGUGAACCCCAAAGCUCCAGGUGCUAAAUAAUAUAAACAUUUGUAGCAUUUUUUUAAGGGCCCCGUAAUUUUCUUGAUUGUUACAUUCCUUGUUUGGAUUAAAGACACUCGAUAAUUCUGCAGGAAAAAAAGCUAUUUUCAGAUAAAGUGAGGAAGGGACAGGUGGCCUCAAAGGGUAAGAGACAAUGGCACAUGGACCUUAGACCCCAAACUCCUGUAUCCUUUCUUUACUGCGCUGUGCGCACUGCACUAUGGGAGUUUGGCGUGUCUAAGGUCUGCAACACUCUUAUCAAAGCAUUAUUUUGUACAAGUCCUUUUUGUUGUGGUUGAAAACCGUUUCAAUCUCUGUGUAACCAAAGCAAUGUGUUGCUGCAUUUCGUUCUUUUUCAACACCCGAUGUUUUGGGGUGGCUUUGUUUUUUCCACUUUUGUUAGCCCCAGUGGUGAAUGAGAUACAGUCACUUGGCUACAUUCUGUUCCAAUCAGUACUGUUACUGCCCCUAAGCUUUCUGUCUCGUCAGCGCAAGGCGUGCAUCCAAACUUGCGGAAGAGGACCUGACCGGUUCUGUUUGGCGGCAUGCCUUUCCUCAGGACGAGGGAGGGCUCAGGAAGUUUUUGAGAGAAGUGGCCUCAGGGGGUCCAACUUUAGAUGGUGUUUUGGUCUUUGUGUUUACAAAUUCUGCCUCAGAGACUGACUGUUCAUGGAAGUGUUGUUGCCUCUGUCUUUUUUCUACCCCCUUGCACUGCAAUCAGACUCUUGUCCACAAGCAGCAGAAAAGAUGCUGUUGACUUUGUGAUGCAAAAGGACUUGAAAUGAAUUCUUGUUUUUUGUGUUUCGGACCUCACUUUGAGAUAUUUUUUUUUUCUUUGCAGAAUGGAAGGUUUUUACAGCCAACAUAGAAAUGACAAAACAAAGAUAGUUGGUGUUGAAGAGCCAUGUAAAUAAUGAAAUAAUGUGUAAAGUACUUGUAGCAUAUGUACAUUUGCAGGCUGUUUUGAUGCCUGUCCGACAAAAGUAUUUUUAGUAUUAACACUGAAUGUAUAAGACAUGCUGAAGAUGUGUCUUAUCUUCAAUGCUGAAGAAUAUUUUUGUUAAAAAAAUUGUUAAAAAAACGAACGGUCUAUACCAUAUGUCAGUACCCAGUGCACUGUCAUCUUUACAGAGGUCUUGCACACAUUUUUAUUGUUUUGUAUUACAGUUUAAGGUGAUCAGAUGUGGAGUGCCAAUCAAGAAAAACUGUAACAAAUCACGAAUUGGAUUUAAAGAAACUACAUGCAUUCAAAUUUAAAUUAUGGAUGCAUCUAGUUUGAGAACCAAACCCUUGUCUAAACAGAACAAAGAUGGUGCCUGAGUAAAAUCCAUGCUGGAAGAACUCAAUCCAGGAAAAGAUCACAGAAACAAACACCACGUUUCAGCUAUUCUUCCGCUAGCUGAUGGCUAAACCCGGUGCUGCUUGUUUCUUGAUUCUUUUCAAAGCCAUGCAUGGUAAAGUAACCCAAAUUAAAUAAUUGGCUGAUUUCCCCUUUUAGAAUAUGUCACUUGAAAUGAAAAAAACAUCGCCCCUUUUAAAGAUUGGUGUCAAUUAGAGUUGAAUAAAUUGAGAAAUGUUCUUGAAUUCAAGUUUUUUAAAAAGUAUCAAAAAAUAAAAUUGUAUCCCUCCCCUCCCCCUAA